CAGUCAGUAAGCAUUAAUGACUCUCUCCGUCAAAGUGUGUCAAAAUGGUUCGGAGUUCGUUAAAAACAAUUUGUUUGGACUUUGAAUUUUUUCGUUAUAUUAUUUUGGAACAAGUCAUGUAUCACAGAAUCCACGCGUUGUAAGCUCGGUGCAACGAAACAGAGUGAUUUAAGAUACUCUUGUGAUUUGUUGCCUCGCGAACGACAGAGAUAUGGUUAGGUGUGAAAUUUGUAAAAGGGAAAAGCCUGUACAAGGAGUAUCGCUUCACAAGUUUCCAAAAGAUUCGAACGAGUUGCAUCAGUGGCUUGCAAACAUCGGCAGGAAAGAUUACAUGCCUAAGGCUGGCUCUGUACUGUGUUCGAGACACUUUGCGCCAAAGUGUUUGGAACAAAAAUUCAAUCAUGUUAGGCUGAAAAAAGGUAGCUUGCCGACUCUGUUCAUGGAAGAAAACUGUACAUCUGGCGUAGAUGAACCUUUAUCAGAUGAAAAUGUUAUCGAAGCAGCAUCUUCGUCCGAAGUAAUCGUGGAAUCUUACGACUUCCAUAACCCUACAGAAAGUUUCCAAAUACAUAUACCAGAAACGAUGAGCGAAGACGAUAUCACACAUCGGUGCAAAGGUGGAUCUGCUAUUGAAACGAACAGCGAAUCUCACACAAUUCAUAAUCGUACAGAAAACAUAAUCAGGAGCGAUCAUAACUAUAGUCAAACGCCUCAGACUUACAAAAGGAAAAUACGUUUUAUACACGAAACGCUGCAUAAUACGUGCAAAUCCAAUAAAGUUUUAAAACAAAAAGUGAAACGUCUACAGAAAACCGUUUCUUCGUUGAGGGACGUAUUAAAAAAAUUAGAAACGAAAUUAUCUGGGCAUAUCGAUAGUUCUUUAUUCUGAAUCAGUGAGGAGUUUAACGGAAUGAUGUUCUAUGCAUAUUAUAUGUAUGUAAUGUACAAUUGUUUCACAGGAAUAGGAUCUUUUUUGUCUUAUUCGUUUCUUCUCUUUUAAUUGACUUUAACCUCUAGAUCAAUGCUACGAAUCUGUCUGCGUUUGACGGUUGUACAAUCUAUGAUUAUUGUUUUGUAGAUGCAGCCUCGCUUGAAGUUACAUCACCGAACUGCGAUCUUAAAUUUAGGUUACGGCGAUGUUUGUGUAUUA